AGCACAAAGGAAGAUGAGAAUGAGAUGUCCGCUGCCUUGCUGAGCUCGUCAGUCCUCAGUCGUCAAGUCUCCUCGGGACGGCCCCCUUUUCUCCUCCUCCGCCGACCACCGCCGUCUCCUCCUCUUCGUUCACUUCCUCCAUGACAACAGCAAGCUCUGUCUCCCAUCUCAUCAGAACCACCGCGAAGCUUGACCGUCCUCUUUUUCUCCGGAUCCCUCAAAAUGGCUUCUCACUUCCUCUCUAACUCCUCCCCUAACCCUUCCGCCGAGACCUCCAAUCUCGAAAUGCCGAAAAACGAAGCUGUCUCCGCCUCUUCCUCCUCCUCCUCCUCCUCCUCCGGUCGGUAUACCGAGAUAUGGAACUACUUGUGGAUUCCUCUACUGAUUUCAUUCUCCAAGGAGCUGAGCCUAGCUAGAGCAGCGAAUUCCACAAUUCUCAUGCCUACUCAGCUGGAGGGAGAUUCCCGGAGCCUGUCCGUUCCGCGUUGUCCCGCUCCCGAUCCCAAGCUCAAUUUCCGUCCGGUGAUCGGGAUCCUGAGCCACCCAGGUGAUGGCGCCUCGGGGAGGCUCAACAAUGCAUCCAACGCAUCGUACAUCGCUGCUUCUUAUGUGAAGUUCGUGGAGUCGGCUGGUGCUCGUGUUAUUCCGCUGAUAUACACCGAGCCGCCUGAAAUUCUAUACGAGAAGCUUAACAUGGUCAAUGGAGUUCUUUUUACCGGCGGAUGGGCUAAGAGUGGAUUGUACUAUGAGACAGUAAAGGGCAUCUUCAAGAAAGUUUUGGCGAAGAAUGAUGCAGGCGACCACUUCCCACUAUAUGCCAUCUGCUUGGGUUUUGAGCUUUUAACAAUGCUGAUUAGCAAGAACAGAAACAUUCUUGAAAAAUUUGAUGCUACGGAUCAGGCAUCUACACUUCAAUUCGUGAAAGAUACAGACAUUGAAGGAACCGUCUUUCAAAGGUUUACACCAGAUUUGCGUAAAAAGUUGAGCACGGAUUGCCUUGUUAUGCAGAAUCAUCAUUAUGGUAUCUCACCAGGAAGACUCUUGGAGAAUUCCGAUCUCUCUAGUUUCUUUAAGGUUUUGACUACAAGUGCAGAUGGAGAAAAUAAGGUGGCGGUUCAAACUGUCUAUGUCUCCACUGUACAAGCACGCAGCUAUCCUGUCACUGCCUUCCAAUGGCACCCUGAGAAAAACGCGUUUGAAUGGGGCUUGUCUAUGAUACCGCACUCUGAUGAUGCCAUUCAAGUUACACAGCAUGUGGCAAACUUCUUUGUCAGUGAAGCGCGGAAGUCACUAAACAGACCUUCUGCCCGGAAAGUGCUCGACAACCUAAUCUACAAUUAUAGCCCCACUUAUUGCGGAAGAGCCGGGAAGGGAUACGAUGAGGUGUACAUCUUCACAUAAACGUCGGAUCACCUGGUAUGAUGGGUGAACUGGUUCACUGGACAUUGGGAGUUAGGGAAAAAUUUACCACUGUAUGUAUUAUCAAUGUUACAUCUCAGGCCUUGACUGUCGAAGUUAACCCUGUUGUGUCAUUUCAUGAUCCCGAACUUCGUUUUACAUCGCUUCUGCUUGGCUUGUAAAUCUCCUCCUCACGCUCAGAAAAUUGUUGUAUCCAUCAGAACAUUUGCCAAGGUGUAAUAAUUUAUGAACUGAACCUAAGUCUGAAAAUUGAGGUACCCGUCUGUUGGA